CCCUUUAAAUAUUAUUGUCACCUUCUUAUAUUUUCUAGUAUUUGCCUUAAACAAGUGUGCUUUUCCCCUCAUUUUCACCACCUCUUCCUCCUCAUCUACCAUUGCCUGUAACUUCUUAACUUCUUCUCAAUAAUUGACUCUUCAUUUCCAAAUGGAUCCACCGGAACACCCCGCCGGAAAGUCGCCGAAAAGAGAGCUCCAAGGCCCCCGGCCAACACCUCUUAAAGUACGUAAAGAUUCACAUAAGAUAAGAAAACCGCCGGUGGUGCCACAUCAGCAACACCACCAGCUACCACCUCAAGCUCCGCCACGACCGCCAGUUAUAAUAUACACCGUGUCCCCUAAGGUAAUCCAUGCAAACCCUAGUGAGUUCAUGACAUUAGUCCAAAGACUCACUGGACCUGGACCAGAUUCCUCGUCCUCAUUUUCCUCCUCGUCCUCUUCAUUCCCUUUUCAACAAAAUAUGAAUAUCGGUGCGAUAUCUCCAGCAGCUAGGUUUGCUUCGAUAGAGAAAACAAGAACCCUAGAAGGGAAAAAACCACAAAUUUGUGACAUUGAAAUGGUUGAAGGGAUAGAGACAAAUAGAGAAGUCGAAAGAAGUAGUGGACUUUUUCCAGGUAUUUUAUCUCCAAAUCCAGCUUCUCUUCCACCUAUACCAUCAAAUUUCUUCUCACCACUAUCUGAUCCAAAUCCUCUUGGAUUUUUCAAUGAUUUAAGUCCUGUAUUACACAGUAACAGGAAUUAUUUUGGACAUAGUUACUUGUCUAGCCCUUCAAAUUUUAUUUCACCUAGAAUAAUUCUGUCUCCAGGUACUCCAUCUUUAGACCUUUUCAGUAACCUCUUUGAUAUUUAACAAUAUAUUGAGAAAGAAACACAAAUAUGGAGACUUCUGCUCGAAUGUCACAUUUCAAGUCUAUGGAGUUCCAAUUAUUGUAAAGGGUGACAUUCACUGGGAAGACUUCUCAUUGGUAGGAAGUUCUUUAUCUUUUUUUUCCUCACGAAAAUUGAGGAGAAGCACUCUUGGGUCAUAUAUAGAAUUUCUAUUUCUCCUUUGUGAUACACGUAACACAUAUUAGUGUCUUUGAUACCAACAUUGUUUUUGGUAAUAUACUUUUUGGCUUGUAAUUUCUCAACACAACAUCCGUAAUCUAUUAAAUUCACCUCCUUGUUUCCUUGCGAUUAUAUCGGAAUAUAUU